AUGCCACUGGCCACACCCACCACCACCACUGCUGCUGUUGACGCCUUGCCUGUUGCCAACGACCCCUGCCAGCAUCACUUCCCCACCACCCAGAGGUCCGCUGCCAGGGAGUCUACAGGUUUGGUUGCAUGUGGCCGCCUCCAUCUUGAGAAGCUGGCCAGAGCCUGGGGCUUGGGAUACCAGCAGGGAGUAGGCAGAUUGGAUGGAGGGCCCACGGCCAAUGGUUGCAUAGACACUGGCUUGCGUGUGUCCCUGUCUGUGUCCUCCAAGGGUACUCAACAUGCUGAGUCUACUGCACACACCAGCUCUGCACAAGCACAGGCCUCUCCUAUGCCUCUCCCAACGCACACUCCUAUGAGGGCAGACCCAACCACCCUGAUCUCCCUGAGUCCAGAGUUGGGAAGGGCUACUCUAAUCUUUGCUGAUAAGGAAAACAGAGACCUAGGUACCCCUGUGGCUCCUAAGGAUGAGAAGGGUUGUGGGCCUGCAGUUGAAGCCUCAGGGAGAACCAUCCGCAAACUGCAUGUUGGCAUGUUUGAUGUUCCACCAACCUUGCCUAAAACUGCCAGAAAGGCUUUGGGAUCUGUCGACAGAGUUACAGGAAAGCAAGUACUGGCUAAUGGACCCCUCAAACAAAACAACCUACCUUCUCUGUCAAAAGAUGACCAUGAAGACAAAGCAGAAAGCUUUGUUCCUGCCUUGGAUGACCCCUAUCCAGAAGGGGAAAACGUCUUUCCCUUCAAUUCCUUAGAUUUUGAGAGUUUUGACCUGCCUGCAAAGCACCAGUUUGCACACCUCCCCUUGAGUGGAGUGCCUUUCAUGAUCCUUGACGAGGAGAGAGGACUUGAAAAACUGUUGCAGCAGGGCCUUCCCUUCCCUAUGCAGAUGCCAUCUCCACCAUGGGCAUCUAAUCUAUCGCAGUCCCCUUCAAGCAUUCUGUCAACCCUAGAAGUGGAAUUGCCACCUGUUUGUUACUAUGCAGAUUUCUCAGUGUUUUAUAGUUUGUGUAUGUUUGUGUUAAUAAAGCAUUUCUUUAACAGACAAAAGAAACAGCAACUACUAUUCUUUAACAUCACUACCUCCAUGACACAUGCAGUUCUGUAG